AUGGAUAGUUUUUCAAAUAAAAUUUUCUAUUUUACUCUUGGACUUUCUAUACUAGCAUUUGGUGCUCUUAUUGUUGUUGUUCCUAUUAUUUUCAAUGAAGUUGCUUUUAUGGAAGAAACAUUGAAUAGUGAAAGAUCUAACUAUAGAGAGUUAGCCAAUGGAAUGUGGAGUGAUAUAAUAGAUCAGGGAAAAAAUCAUAAUUCUAUUAGAUUUAAAAGAGGAAGUUAUGCUACUGGACCAAAUGCAGUUCAAGGAUCUAUCAAGACAUCUGUUGGUAGUGGAACAAGUCUUAGCGGUGGUUCAGCUAAAUCUAGAAAAACAUGUCCACCUGGACCAAGAGGACCAAAAGGAACACCUGGAUUAAAUGGUUUAGAAGGUCUUCCAGGAAUUCCAGGUCCAGAAGGAAAAACUGGUGGUUCAGAAAACGAUUUUGAAAACUUACCUUGUGGACCAUGUCCACCAGGACCACCUGGUUUACCAGGAUAUAAAGGAAAACGUGGUCAAAGAGGAGACAAAGGACCUAAAGGUGAACAAGGACCACCAGGACAAGAUGGAUCAGCAGGAGAACAAGGACCAGAAGGAGAACCAGGUCUUCAAGGAGAUAUUGGACCAUCAGGAGAUACUGGAGCACCAGGUGAAGAUGCAAUUGGUGGAGCUAAAGGUAUUCCAGGAGAGCGUGGACCAUCAGGACCACUUGGAGAACAAGGAGAUGAAGGAUAUCCAGGUGAAAAAGGAGAUGAUGGUUCACCAGGUGAUAUGGGUCCAGUCGGAGAUGCCGGUCCACAAGGUCAACCAGGAAAAGAUGGUAUUGUUGGUCUUCCUGGUGUUCAAGGACCUGCUGGUCCUGAUGCUGAAUAUUGUAAAUGUCCAGAACGUAGUAAGGACAAAGCUUCAGCAAGUGUAGCAUCUGCUUCUCAAGGAGUAGCUCCACCAUCAAUUCCAUCAGGAAAAGGAGGAUAUCAACCAGCACCAUCUUCAAAUAGAUAUGAUGUUGGAAGAAAAGCUUAG